AAUAAAUACCAUCAUAUAUAAGUAGAUAGUUUUUUACCUCCACCUGAGGUAAUAUAACUAAAAUAAAAUGAACGAUGAUGACUGUUUCCUGGAACUCUUCAAGCUCCAAAAGAUGUUUGAAAAUUCAUUUCACAUCACUAAUCCAAAACAAGAAAAUUCAAUAGAAAAAGUGUAUAAUAACGAGACAGUUUCAAUAAAUGUAUUAUUAAAGCCCACAGACCCAGAUUUUGAUAAAACAAUCUUAUCAAUUAAUGAAGGAAUAAAAAUUAAUCUUAAUUUACAUCGAGUAUCUAUAAAUAAUUAUCCUGAAUUCACAAGAGAGCCUUCGCAAGACCAUGGAAUCCCGAAUUUAAACUCAAAUUUAGAUCAUUUACCAAAUUAUCAGAAUUAUCAAAGUAGAGCCGGAACAUACUACGAAGUGAAGGACAUAUCCGAUAUCAGUAUAGAUGAUGAUACACUCUCAGAACAUUUUAAAAAUUCUAUAAAGAAAGUCCUGAUAGACUACAUUUCUAAAAACUCCAAGCUCAGGAAGUAUGUAAUAUAUGAGUCUCUAAAAUUUUUGGAUAAAAAUCUGCUCAAAAUAUACAAUAUAUCAGAAUCUGUUAAAAGCAGUCGUAUUAAUAAUGUAGUAACGGAAGGAACCGAUUCAAAAAAUGAUUUAGAAAAAAAUACAACUCCAAAAUCCCCAAAUUUAGAUAUCCCAUGGACCCUGGAGGAGCAAAAAUGUCUUGAAGAUGGCUUGGUCAGAUCGAAGGGGAUUACCGACCCAAGAGAGAAAUGGUUACUAAUUUCUAAAAUGGUAAAGACUAGAACGCCAGAAGAGUGUAGGAAACGCUUCCUAAGAUGUAGAGAAGUACUAGUUAAGAAGAAUAAACCAGAAGAAACUAAGGAACCGGAACAACCAACUUACUCACUCGACAGGACAGGCUCCUUGUCAUUUUCAAGACUGGAAAUGAUUAAACUGUCAUUGGGAAGGAUAGGAACAUUCUCAAUGGAUAUCGUAUGUUUGCGGUGUACCGAUAGGAUUGAGGUCACAUUGGCAGACCUGGGUGAAAAGACAAUUAUUUACUCUAAAAUCUGCCAAAAGUGUAGCGUUCCAAUUAGGUGUGAGUUCACACCUUCACUCUUCUUCCCAUCACAGCUAACGUUUGGAAAUCUGUCACUUUUAAACUCGGAUUUUAUCGAUAUUAAUCACGCUGAAUUUAAACUAACUUGUGAAGAUUGUGAGACACAACUAAGAAUUAGAGAAGUUAAAAUAGGAGAUAAAAAGAGUUUAAACUGUCGAGGCUGUUUUACCAAGUUUCUAUUCUCUUUUGAUAGUGUUCAAUUUGGAAGAGGAGAGGAGCCAACAACGGAAAGUUCAGUAAAGAAUGUUAUACGAUAUGAAAGGAAAACACCGACAGUAAAAGGAAUAAAAGUAGGAACACCCCUUCCAGGAAAUGGAACUUGCAAACAUUACAAAAAGUCGUUCAGAUGGUUCAGAUUCCCAUGCUGCGGAAGACUUUUCCCCUGCGACAUCUGCCAUGACGAAGCCACAGAUCACCAUUGUGAAUAUGCCAACUUUAUCGUAUGUGGCUACUGCUCAACACAACAAGCGGCAUCCAAUAAAGUUUGCAAAUUCUGUAGUAAAGGAUGCACAGCAACAUCAAGCUCACAUUGGGAGGGAGGGAAAGGUUGUAGAGAUGGUACGAAACUGAGUAGGAAGGAUUCUAAAAAAUAUAAAUUAAUUAAUAAAAAUAGCGGGAAAAAGUAAACUAAUGAAAUUCCGCUAGCCAGUGUAUAGUAAAAUCAUAUAAUCAAUUUAUCACCUAUAGUUGACUUAGGUGUAAAUUGCAGAGGGAAAAUACCAAUUAAAAAUAAUAUUUAUAAAUAAAUUUCAAUUUAAAUACAUAAUAGCG